AUGGCAGCGAUUUUUAGGCGAAGUUGCAGGGUUCUGAGAAGUGUUUCUCGUUUUGACUGGAGAUCCCAACAUACAAAAGCUGCUCCACUACGUGAAUCAGGAUUGGGAUUUAGUUUUGAAUUCACUGAACAACAGAAAGAAUUUCAGGCUACUGCUCGAAAGUUUGCCAGAGAGGAAAUAAUCCCUGUUGCUGCAGAAUAUGAUAAAACUGGCGAGUACCCUGUCCCCCUAAUUAAAAGAGCCUGGGAACUUGGUUUGAUGAAUACGCACAUUCCAGAGAGUUGUGGAGGUCUUGGCCUUGGAACUUUUGAAGCCUGUUUAAUUACUGAAGAAUUGGCUUAUGGAUGUACAGGGGUUCAGACUGCUAUUGAAGCAAAUUCUUUGGGGCAAAUGCCUGUUAUAAUUGCUGGAAAUGAUCAACAACAAAAGAAGUAUUUGGGGAGGAUGACUGAGGAGCCCCUAAUGUAUUUUCUACUGGCCCGUUCUGAUCCAAAUCCUCAGGUUUCUGCUAGUAAAGCCUUUACUGGAUUUAUUAUAGAAGCCGACACUCCAGGAAUCCAUAUUGGAAGAAAGGAAUUAAAUAUGGGGCAGAGGUGUUCCGAUACAAGAGGAAUUGUCUUUGAAGAUGUGAAAGUGCCUAAAGAAAAUGUUUUAAUUGGUGAGGGAGCUGGUUUCAAAAUUGCAAUGGGAGCUUUUGAUAAAACCAGACCUCCAGUAGCAGCUGGUGCUGUUGGAUUAGCACAAAGAGCUUUGGAUGAAGCUACCAAGUAUUCCUUGGAGCGGAAAACUUUUGGAAAGCUGCUUGUUGAGCACCAAGCAGUAUCUUUUUUGCUGGCUGAAAUGGCAAUGAAAGUUGAACUUGCUAGAAUGAGUUACCAGAGAGCAGCUUGGGAGGUUGAUUGUGGCCGUAGAAAUACCUAUUAUGCCUCUAUUGCAAAGGCAUUUGCUGGAGAUAUUGCAAAUCAGCUGGCUGCUGAUGCUGUGCAGAUUUUCGGAGGCAAUGGAUUUAAUACUGAGUACCCUGUAGAAAAACUGAUGAGAGAUGCCAAGAUCUAUCAGAUUUAUGAAGGUACUGCACAAAUUCAAAGACUUAUUAUAGCCCGUGAACACAUUGGCAAGUAUGGCAAUUAA